AUGUUGAUUUUUUUUCCUUCGACGGGGGGGGGUGGGUUGUUGGAGAGGUUGGGGGGGGAGGUGGAUGGGUUGUUUUUGGGGAGGUUUGGGCAUGAUGCUGGGGAGUUUGUCAAGUUGAUUGGGGAGGUUGCGGGGGGUGGUGGUGAGGGUGGUGAGUGA